GAGGCUCCGCGGCGGCGGCGGCAUUUAAACCGCGGCGGCCGUUGGGGGGGCGUGUGACUGUCUCCUCGUUCCCCGGCGCUGGCGGGCCUGGAUCGCGGCGGGAUGAGGCCUCGGGGGGACAGGUCGGUGCUGGGCAGCCCCGCUGUGGCCGUGGCGUUCCCGGGAGCUGUGUGCCGGGGCAGCGGCUACCGCUUCGCCUGCGAGCUCCUGAAGCACGUCCUGCACCAGCGGAACCAGCUCCCGCUGCCCUACGAGCAGCUGGCCUACUUCUGCCGGCGGGCGGCCCAGGGUGGAGAUGGAAUUGAGAAACCGCAUUCCCUGGGCCUGGCAAGCAGAAAGUGCCAGCAGCUGCUGACAGAGCUGGAGGGAUUGUUCCAGCACCUGGAAGUCAUGUUUAGUCUGACGCUGGUUCCUCGGGUUCUUUUCCUACUUGGAGGCAAUGUCAUGAACCCCAAGGAGCUCUAUGAACUGAAUUUGGAGGCGUUCUGUGAGGGCUCUGCUGAAGAGAGCCUCCAGACUGCGCCCUGUGUUCGCCAGCUCUUUCAUCGCCUGUUUGUUGCUGACGUCUUCAGUGAACUUAAGGCUCUCCCUGUCACAGGCACUCUUGUCCUGCUCCAGGGCCACCGUGACUGUGGUGUUGAGUGGUUCCGGCCCAAGCUCAACUACCAAGUGCCGAGCCGAGGGAGGAAGCUGACUAUUAAGUUGUCCUGUGAUGGAGACCUCCAUGUUAGUGCCUCACCUCCACAGCACACAGCACCUGCUUGGGAGGACUAUGUCUGGUUCCAAGCACCAGUGACCCUCAAAGGCUUUAGUGAAUGAAUGGCUUCUGUAGAAAUUUAACUGGAAUAUUGAUUACUUUUUUUUUCUUUAGCUGUUAAUGUUGGCAAAUGUAACCAUGUAUUUUUUGAA